UAACUACUCCACACAAUUAGCUAUAGCCCUUCAGCAAUUCGUUACUACACUUCCAUUUAAUAAAUUUUCAUCAAAUAGUUAACAAUAUCGUAGAUGGAUGGGAAGAAAUUGGAGUACAAAGGGAAGGAAGCGCUAGAGGAGAUCGAGCGUCUCACAGCUAGGGCCGACUGUGUCCAGGAAGAUAUCCUGCGGCAGAUCUUAACCCGAAACGCGAAAACUGAGUACCUGAGCAAGUACAUGAAGGCCGACUCGAAGGAUAUCAUCUCGGAGUUCAAGAAGUGCAUCCCGGUUAUCACUUACAAGGGCAUCCAUCCGUACAUCAAGAGGAUUGCUAAUGGGGAGGACUCCUCUCUUAUUACUGGUGAUCCCAUCACUGAAAUGUUAUGCAGCUCUGGGACUUCGGCAGGAGAGCCCAAGAUGAUGCCAUCGAUUGCUGAAGAUCUCGACCGGCGAACAUUUGUUUAUAAUCUUAUCAUGCCAAUUAUGAGCCAAUACAUCUCGGGGCUCGAUAAGGGAAAGGCUAUGUACCUGUAUUUCGUCAAGGCGGAAAUGUCGACUCCAUGCGGCUUACCAGCUCGAGCUGUGCUCACGAGCUACUACAAGAGUAAGCACUUCAAGGGCCGAGCACGAGACCCGUAUAAUGACUUCACCAGUCCUGAUCCAACCAUACUCUGCGAAGACAGCGCCCAGAGCAUGUACUGCCAGCUCCUGGCUGGCCUUGUUUACCGACACCAGGUCCUCAGGCUCGGGGCUGUCUUUGCAUCGGCGUUCCUCCGGGGGGUGUCAUUCCUUGAGCGCAACUGGGCUCGCCUCUGCACCGACAUAUGCACUGGCCAGCUUGACCCGGGCAUAACCGAUCCAGAAUGCCGUUUGUGUAUGUCAGCAGUCUUAAAGGGACCUAACCCAACUCUCGCAGGAGAGAUCCGGGAUAUCUGCAGUCACCCCUCGUGGAUGGGUAUCUUGUGCUGCCUUUGGCCUAGGGCUAAGUACAUUGAGGCAGUUGUGACGGGGUCCAUGGCGCAGUACAUACCCGCCCUAGAAUACUUCAGUGGAGGGAAGCUACCACUCGUGUGCACGAUGUAUGCUUCGUCAGAGUGCUAUUUUGGGGUUAACUUGAAACCCUUGUGCGACCCGGCAGACGUCUCAUUCACACUCUUGCCUAAUAUGGGCUACUUCGAGUUUAUACCAUUGGGCGAUAAUGGGACGCUAGUCCUAAAUACGGAUGAGGAGGAUGAGGUGCCCAGUCACAGGCUUGUCGACUUGGUGCAUGUUCGGCUUGGGUGUUAUUACGAGCUCGUCAUCACCACUUUCGCUGGGCUAUAUCGAUAUCGCAUCGGGGAUGUGCUCCAGGUGACGGGGUUCUACAACUGUGCCCCACAGUUCCGCUUCAUCUGCCGAAGGAACGUCGUCCUGAGCAUCGACAAUGACAAGACGAAUGAAGAGGAUCUUCACAAGAGCAUCACGGCGGCCAAAAAGCUCCUCGAACCUUAUGGAGCCCUGCUCGUGGAGUACACCAGCUAUGCAGACACGUUGUCUGUCCCGGGCCAUUAUGUCCUGUACUGGGAGAUCCGGCACCAUCCAUCAGCUGUGAACAAUUUGGUAAUUGAGAUUGACAGUGACGUGCUCCAGGAGUGCUGCAUCUCGGUGGAGGAGCAGCUAGAUUAUGUUUACCGGCGGUGCAGGACAUAUGAUAAGUCAGUUGGGCCACUGGAGAUCAGGGUGGUGAAGUCGGGGACGUUCGAGUCAUUGAUGGACCUGUUCAUUAGUCAAGGAGGGUCCAUUAAUCAGUACAAGACUCCUCGGUGCAUAAGGUCUGGUGCUGCACUUAAGUUGCUCAAUAGCAAUGUGAAGGCUUCAUUCUUUAGCCCUAGAGAUCCCACAUGGAUACCCUGAAUCAAUGUCUCCCUUAUUUCCAAGUUGCUUCAUGAUUCAAAUUUGAAUCUUACUUUGUCCUUAAAAAAAAUAAUUACUUUAGCUUUUCUAUUUUCCUUCUUUUGCAUUAUAUAUACUUGAUCAAUCGUGACUAUUCACGGGAA